UAAAAAAACCCCCAAAAAGCAACAAACAAACAGGCUGAUAGUCUUAACAUACAGUCUUGUAAUCUCCUCAGCUUGAUGUGUUCUGGUUUUGUUUUUUUGCUGUAUGAGAUCUUCAUUUUCAUAGAUUCUUUCAUGAACUCUUUCUUAGAUACUUUACUGGCAUAAUGAUGUUUGAUAAAGCAAAUGCAACUCUGUGCGUUUUUUCUCGUCUGUCAGAAAACAGACAUAUCGGAGCAUGCUCUGGACUGUCUGCGGAAAAGCAAAGUGAAGCGUGUUCACUUGGUGGGCCGUCGCGGGCCGCUGCAGGUCGCCUUCACCAUCAAGGAGCUGCGGGAGAUGGUCAAACUUCCCGGGACACGACCCGUCAUCUCUCCUCUCGACGUCCAAGGACUGGAUAAAAUUAUCAAAGAUCUGCCGCGGCCACGACGACGUCUGACUGAGCUGAUCCACAAGACAGGCACAGCGGUCAGGCCAGGGUCAGAGGAGGUCAAGGAGUGGACGCUUCACUUCUGUCGCAGCCCACAGAGAAUACUGACCUCUGCCGGUGGGGAUGUCGCUGGCAUUGAGCUGGUGGUGAAUAGAUUACAGGGUGAGACGUUAGAGAGCCAGAAAGCUGUGGCGACUGAUGAGAGGGAAAUUCUUCCUUGUGGAUUGGUAGGUUUUUGAGAUUUUCACAUAGAGCCAUACUUACUUCUUGUCUUCCCUCCAUAUGUAAUUUCUUUGUGUGGGAAUUCCCAGUAUAUCCUCCCAUUUUUU